CGCCUUCCCGCUCACAGCUCGCGGGGAGAUCCCAGCCCAGGUGCGGGCAGUCUGCCCUCGGAGCUGGAAGCAUGCACGCGGGCUGGGAGCUGGGCGCCUCGGCGGGCGGCUCGCUGUUGCUGUUUGCCUCGCUGCUGGCAGUGGGCUGCGCGCUGGGCCUUCGCCUGGGCCGGGGGCGGGGGACGGCGGACCGCGGGUCGCUCGCCUGGCUCUGCUUCAACGCCCUGGUGCACUUCGCGCUGGAAGGCCCUUACGUCUACUUGUCUAUGGUGGGAAACAUCACAGACUCAGAUGCCUUGAUCGCUUCAUUGUGGAAAGAAUAUGGGAAAGCUGAUGCAAGAUGGCUUAAUUUUGAUCCAGCCAUCGUGUCUGUGGAAAUUCUGACGGUCGUCCUGGGUGGGUCUCUGGCACUGGUCCUCAUUUACGCCAUCGUCAAAGAGAAGCAUUAUCGGCAUUUCGUGCAGAUUACCCUGAGUGUGUGUGAAUUGUAUGGCGGGUGGAUGACCUUCUGCCCAGACUGGCUUAUGGGAAGCCCCAACCUCAACACCAACAGUUGGCUCUACUUUUGGGUCUAUCUGGUAUUUUUGAAUGGUAUUUGGGUUCUGAUCCCAGGGCUGUUACUGUGGCAGUCAUGGGUAGAACUCAAGAAAAUGCAUCACAAAGGAUCUAAUUCACGCAAAAAAUUUCAGUGAAUUUUCAAAGUCAUAAACACUGUCAGCUUGCUUUAUGAGAAUGAAUCCUUUUGUUGGGCCAAAAUGUAAUGCAUUCCAGUCUGUGCUUUUCUUUUUUUCAUUGUCAUUUUGGAGCAACCUAAUUGAUUUCAGUGGAAUCAAUUUCAAAUGGACUGUAAGGUUGACAAGUUUUUGCUGUUGUUGUUUUUUUCCCAUUAAAUGGCAAUACAGGGAACAGAAUAAAUUUUAAACAGAAUAAAACACAUUUAAUUAUAUCCUUUUAUGGCUAACAUUAAUUGUUGUACGUUAAUAAAGCCAAUUAUCAUGAAA